UGAUUCUGUUAUCUUCUUCUUCUUCACGUCUUUGUCUUCAUCUCUUGUCUCUUCUCUCUCUGAGUCUCUCUCUGUUUGCAGAUUGCAGAACAAGAAAAUCACCUGCGCUUUAACACAAACAACAACGAUUGCAGUUUUUGAAGAACGAGUCCUCUUUGUUUCUUCUUGUUCUUCUUCCUAUUUCAUUCACACACACCAAACACCACACAAAACAACGCAUCUUUCUCUGUUUCCGACCCACAACCGAUUUCCUCUCUCUUUCUCUCUCGUUUCCCAUUCCCAUCACACCCACAAGAAAAAGAUCAAGUGGGUCAUCUUCAAUUUCUGAGAAAACAAACAGGAUCUGGCUUCAAUGGUGGCGGUCAGAAACAUUGUGUUGUUGUUGCUUUGCGUUACUGUUGUUGCUCCAAUUCUUCUCUACACUGAUCGCAUUGGCACCUCUGAGUCCUCCUCCUCCACCAAACAAGAGUUUGUUGAAGAUGUUUCUUCUUUUGCUUUCAGUGCUGCAGACUCUAGCCACUUGAAUCUGCUACCCCAGGAAACUUUAACUGCCAUUAAGGAACCUAUUGGGGUUGUGUAUAAGUCAGAGGACUCAACGAUUCCAGAGAAAAUUCCUAGAGGCUUGCAAUUGGUGAAAUCAAGGGAGCAUGUCUCUGCCAGACUAUUGUCAACCACAGCUGAGGAGGACCAAACUCGAAACGAGAACCCCAUCAAACUGGUGACUGAUGAAAUUAAGCAAGGAAAUCAAGGCGGAAGCACCUUGGAGAAAUCCGAUGCAACUGGUGAAAAUGUAAAUGGGGAAGAUGCUAUUGAUGUUGAUGACAGUGAUGGGAAACUCGCUAAGUCAACUCAUGCUUCUACUCAGGAAUCUCAAACUAAGGCUACCAAGCUGGAGAAACAACAAGCAACAGUAACUUCUAGCAAAACAAACAGGAAAUUACCUGUAUCAUCUGGAACUUAUAAGCAGAAAGACCAAGUGCCCUCAGAUGCUCAGUUGCAGCAACUAAAAGAUCAGCUCAUCCAAGCAAAGGUCUUUCUUUCCCUUCCCGUCGUAAAAAGCAACCCCCAUCUCACUCGGGAGCUUCGUUUACGGGUAAAAGAAGUUUCACGAACACUUGGGGAUGCAAGCAAAGAUUCUGAUUUACCUAGGAAUGCAAAUGAAAAAAUGAAGGCAAUGGAGGAAACACUGAUGAAAGGAAAGCAAAUUCAAGAUGAUUGUGCUACUGUUGUGAAGAAGCUUCGGGCUAUGAUCCAUUCAACAGAGGAGCAGGUUCAUGUACUCAAGAAGCAGACGUUGUUCUUAACACAAUUGACAGCAAAAACGCUGCCCAAAGGUCUUCAUUGUCUUCCUUUGCGCCUUACAACUGAGUAUUAUAAAUUGAAUUCAUCUCAGCAACAGUUUCCCAAUCAAGAGAAGUUAGAAGAUCCACAACUAUAUCAUUAUGCUAUAUUUUCAGACAACACAUUGGCAACCGCUGUUGUUGUGAACUCAACUGUUUUCAAUGCUAAGGAUGCAUCAAAUCAUGUUUUUCACAUCGUUACUGAUAGGCUCAAUUAUGCGGCUAUGAGGAUGUGGUUUUUGGUGAACCCACCAGGCAAGGCAACCAUUCAAGUUCAGAACAUUGAAGACUUCACAUGGUUGAAUUCAAGUUACAGUCCUGUGCUUAAGCAACUGGCUUCCCCAGCUAUGAUAGAUUAUUACUUCAAGGCUCAUCGAGCAACUUCUGAUUCAAACCUGAAGUUUCGGAAUCCAAAAUAUUUGUCUAUCUUGAACCACCUCCGAUUCUACCUUCCUGAGAUCUUUCCAAAGCUCAAUAAAGUGCUGUUCUUGGAUGAUGAUAUAGUUGUGCAGAAGGAUUUGACUGGUCUUUGGUCAGUGGAUUUGAAAGGCAACGUAAAUGGUGCUGUAGAAACUUGUGGAGCAAGUUUCCACCGAUUUGAUCGCUAUCUAAACUUCUCAAAUCCUCUUAUUGCAAAGAACUUUGACCCACGUGCUUGUGGGUGGGCAUAUGGUAUGAAUGUAUUUGAUUUAGUGGAAUGGAAGAGGCAAAACAUCACACAGGUGUACCACAACUGGCAGAAUCUGAAUCAUGAUAGACAACUGUGGAAGUUAGGUACACUGCCACCAGGUCUGAUAACAUUCUGGAAACGCACUUUCCCACUGAACCGUUCAUGGCAUGUCUUGGGUCUUGGCUACAACACCAAUGUCAACCAAAAAGAUAUUGAGCGGUCUGCUGUUAUACACUACAACGGGAACCUGAAGCCGUGGCUUGAGAUAAGUAUUCCCAAGUUUCGAAGUUACUGGGUCAAGUAUGUUAACUAUGAUCACGCCUAUAUGCGAGAAUGCAACAUAAAUCCAUAGAUUGGUAUUCUUGAUACAUAUGAUCAUUGAAGUUUUCCUGGCAUCAUCCAAAGUAGUGAUGCACCUCUUAGGUCUGAAAUUCCUUAUGUGUAGGGCUUCUGUUUUAUAAAAGCUUUACAAUUCUUUUUUUGUAUACGUGUUCCUCUUUUAUAUUGGUAUUCUUUGGAUUAGCACAUUGAAGAUUCAGAGCUAAAGUUGAGAGAUGCUAACUGUACUUGAAAGUUGUAAAUGAAAUGAAGAGGCUAGUUUUUCUGUU